ACUCAACUGCUUAAAUUGAUUAUCUACUUGUCCCUCGCACAUAGUAGUGAUCAGACCAAACUUCACUUCACUUUCAUUCCCUGUAAGAACACAACUCAAACAUAUUAACUACAUAUAAACACACCUCUGUAGAAUGGUUACUGGAAAGCUUAUGGGGCUUGAAAGAUCAUCUGUUAAUCCAAAACCUUUCCCGCCAAGAAAACAACCAUCUAAUUGUCAAACUUCAGCUAAGCUCCCCAAGGGACCAAAUUCACGCUCAUUCGGCGUUUAUUUCCCGCGUGGAUCGGCACAAGUCCAGCCACGCCCACCCGAGGUCCCUGAGCUUCUUCACCUCCUGGAUGAAAUGCGCCAGAGGGAGUCUGUAUUGAAGACAGAGGUUCUGGAGCUUAAGAAAUUUAAAGAGUCGAGUUCUGUUGUUUCGGUUCUUGAAAAAAGAAUUGUCGAAAAAGUUAAUGAGCUUAAACGAUCGGAGACCAUGGUGGCUUGUUUGGGGGAUGAGAAUGAGAGGUUGAGACAGGAAGUUGAAAUGCUGCAUUGCAAAUUAUUUGAACAGAGUAGAGAUAGUGGGGAGAGGAUUAAGGCUUUGGAAGGUAGGGUUUUGGAGUUGAGUCGAAUGACGAAGGUGGAGACUAGGAAAAAGAAUCAAGAAGGAUCAAAAUUGCAGAGGUUUCAGGGCCUAAUUGAUGUUUCUUGUAAAUCUAAUGUUAAGACAAAUGUAAACAUUCUUGAAAAGUUUGAUUAUUUAGAGCAAUCAAUAUGUAAAGAAAAAGAGAUAAUAGAAUCGGAAAUCAUAUUGCCUAAUUGUUCAGGAGACAGUGUAGAGUUUGCUAUGUCAGUUGAAUCUCGGAUGCCUAGAAUUCCAAGACCCCCACCGAGACCAAGUGUUCCAUGUUCUGAUUCUUCAGGGUGUGUACUGACAUUAGUUUCAGCUCAGCCCAUAUUGAAGGUGGCACCUCAGCCUCCCCCACCGCCACCAAAGGGGUUAAUGACUGGGGAGGGGAAGGUGAGGAGAGUGCCGGAGGUUGUGGAGUUUUACCAUUCUCUUAUGCGAAGAGAUUCAAGGAGAGAUACUGGUGGAGGAGGAGCGACUGAUGGGAUGCCAGGGACUACCAAUGCACGGAAUAUGAUCGGGGAGAUUGAGAACCGUUCAGCCUAUCUGCUUGCGAUCAAAUCAGAUGUGGAAACGCAAGGUGAGUUCAUUAGGUUCUUGAUCAAAGAAGUCGAGGAUGCUAAAUUUACAGAUAUUCAAGAUGCUGUUGCUUUUGUCAAAUGGCUUGAUGAUGAGCUGUCUUACCUGGUCGAUGAGAGAGCAGUGCUUAAACACUUCCAGUGGCCAGAGAAAAAAGCUGAUACAUUGAGAGAAGCAGUAUUUGGAUAUUGUGAUGUGAAGAAGCUGGUGUCUGAGGCAUCUUCUUUCAGGGAUGAUCCUCAAUUAUCUUUUAUCCCUUCUCUCAAAAAAAUGCAAGUGUUGUUUGAAAAAUUAGAGAAUGGAGCUUACAACCUCUCGCGCACUAGGGAAUUGGCUGGCCAACGAUAUGAAGGAUUCCAUAUUCCAAUUGAUUGGAUGCUAGUUUCCGGAUUCACAAGUCAGAUUAAGCUAGCCUCUGUAAAAUUAGCGAUGAACUACAUGAAAAGAGUUCUGGCAGAGCUGGAAAUGGUCGAUGGUGGCUCUGAAGAAGAGGAAUUAAUAGUUGGAGGAGUAAGGUUCGCUUUCCGGGUACAUCAGUUUGCAGGGGGAUUUGAUGCAGAAACAAUGAGGGCAUUCCAACAUCUGAGAGAUAAAGCAAGACUGUGCCGUAUACAAUGUCAAAAUCAGCAAGAUUGCAGGUCCACAGCUUGCUGAAUAUAGAGAACAUAAUAGCUCUACAAACGGGAUGGACGAUCAAGGAUGAUUAAAGUAAAUUAAUUUUAUUUUAGUAGCUAACCCACACUAAUUUCCAGAAUUGGAAUAAGAUUAGCGCACUAUAUCAACAAGGCAACAACUAACCCGUUCAGCAGACAGCAAUAAUCUAUUUAUUAGUAAUGCGAGAUACAUGUGGUAUUUUGAGUGCUCCUCGCAUGUUGUAAUUUAGUACCCACUUCUUCAUAUGUGAUAAUAAAAUUUACAGUAAA